CCACUUCCGCGGUGCAUGUUGAUGCCCGCGUGGCUGUCACUUCAGCGAGUCUCGUGUUUUUUAUCCCCAGGGAGACACCCAACAGGCAGACUUUUUUGCCCCUGUUAGCCAUGCCCACACUCCCUGCAUGGUGCAGUAUCGUGUCUGAAGAUGUUGCAGUACCUGCUAGUUUAAGCCUUGUGCCUGCAGCGACCCUGGUUGACGGGUUGAGAGGGGCACGUCUUUUCUCAAUCACGUUUUCCUCCUUGGUUUGAGCAAAUUGGGUAGCCUACUCUGUCUUUUCUGUUCUCUUUUUUGCUACUCUGUUCCCUUUGUCUGUUUUUUAGUUCUUACAUACGUGUGCGCAGCUAGCUUUCGACUCUCCAAUCGCAGCCAUGGGCUGGACGUACAAUGUGCCGGGCGAUCCUCCGACCACCGGUCCUCAAAUCACCUCUCUGGCCAUCGUUUUCACGGCCGUUGCACUCUUGACGGUCGGCCUGCGAGUAUACGUGAGGGGAUUCAUGCUCAAAGCGUUUGGAGUAGAUGACUGGAUCAGCGUUGCAACAUGGGUUGCGAGCUGUGGCUUUGCAGUUGUGACGAUUAUGCAAACAAAAUGGGGUCUGGGACUGAAGAGUCUUGACGAUAUGCCCCUGGAGAACUACUAUGAUUUCAUGCUGCUGCAAUUUAUCGGCGCGCCAUUCUACAUCUCUAGCAUUCUUGGCUUCAAGCUGAGUCUGCUGUUAUCCUAUCUGCGAUUCAUGGCGGCGGGCUUCUGGUACAACACGACUGUUGGCGUUGCCGUGGCAUGCACCUUGUUUCACAUUUCGUUCUUGAUUGCUCAGAUCAACCUGUGCACGCCGGUCAGGAAACAAUGGGACACUAGUGUCACAUGGGGAUCAUGCAUCGAUGGCGUGCCCAUGUAUACGACAAUGGCCUCUCUGACCAUCGUCUUCGACGUCAUAGUCAUGGUGCUCCCUUUCCCAACUCUGCUCAAGCUCCAAAUGCCCAACCGCAAAAAGUUCGUCCUCCUCGGCCUCUUCGCAAUGGGCACAUUCGUCUCCGUCAUCCAAAUCGUCCGCAUCCAGACCAUCAAGUCCCUCUCCAACCUCCUCGACUCGAGCCUCCUCAUCAUGUGGUCUAUGGUCGAGAACAACUUGGGCAUCAUCGUCGCGUCAGUCCCGACGCUUGCACCGCUCGUGAGGUACUUUAGCGAGCAGUCAAGAGUCGGCAGCCGGAGCCGAAGCAAGUCCCAGGGCGACUCGGCGUACGCACUGCAGUCGACCUGGCGCAAGAACCUCUCGCGUCGCAAUGGAGUGCAGGCCCUGGGCAGUGGUGUGGAUCAGAGGGAUGGAGAUAGCGCGGAGGACAUCUUGGGUCCGGCGAACGACAGGACGGGCUCUAUGAACGAGGAGGGCAUACUGCGGAAGACGGAGAUUGUCAUUGAGCACACCUCGCAUGGCCCCCUGCAGGAUGAGCAAGCCAGCCCUGGUCGAUUCCACGCCAAAUGAUGGGUGUCAAAAGUUGUAGCGUUAGACGAUUCGGCUGGAAAAUAACGCAUUUUACCUUGUUUCCGAGCAAAUAAUAUUUCCUAUUCUAACCGUUAUCGAAUACCGAAAAUUCCACCCCAGCUUAGU